GAGGCGGGGCUUGCGGAAGCCCAGAGAAAAGGGGCUCCGGAGCGCGGAGGCGGCGCAGAGCAGACGCGCUUCUUCUCCGUCUGUUCGGGUUCCCGUCGCGCCUCCUCUCUCCCAGUCCGUCCCCAUCGCGGCUGGGCGUCGUUCGGCUUGCAGCGACGCUCGCCUCCCCGAGGGCAGCUGCGAUGCGCCUGAUCCAGAAUAUGGGGACCAUCGCCGAGUACCCCCAGGCAGGGAGCACCCUCAGCGGAGAUAGCUGCGGCGGCUCGGGCCGCCCCCGACUCAUCAAGAUCGCCGUGGUGGGAGCCAGCGGGGUGGGCAAGACCGCCCUGGUGGUGAGAUUUCUCACAAAACGGUUCAUUGGAGACUAUGAACGCAAUGCAGGUAAUUUGUACAGCAGACAGAUCGAAAUCGAUGGGGAGUUGUUUGCAAUUCAAGUCCAAGAUACACCUGGAGUACAGGUCCAUGGACACAGCCUUGACUGUAACGAGCAACUGAACAAAUGUAUUCGCUGGGCAGAUGCAAUUGUGAUAGUCUUUUCGAUCACAGACUAUAAGAGUUACGAACUACUCGGUCGCUUCCACCAGCACAUACGGCAGCUGCACCCAGGAAACAGAGUGCCUGUGGUGGUUGUAGCAAACAAAGCAGAUCUCCUCCACAUUAAAGAGGUAGAACCACAAAAUGGACUUCAGUUGGCUGGCAUGUUGGGUUGCACUUUCUAUGAGGUGUCUGUCAGUGAGAAUUACAAGGAGGUCUUCAACGCCUUCCACAACCUCUGUAAAGACGUCUGUAAGCAACAAACCACCAGCAGCACACCAGAGAAGCGGAGAAGCUCUCUCAUUCCAAGACCAAAGUCACCCAACAUGCAGGAUCUAAAGAGAAGGUUUAAGCAAGCCUUAUCUGCCAAAGUGAGGACUGUCACAUCUGUCUGAAAGAUCAAACUAAAUGGGAUGGGGUUUCCCUCCCCCUUCCCAGUGCAUAUUUCUAUAGUUCCAGCUUUGGAACGUUAAUUGCUGGUACUUCAGCAUCCGAAAAUCAUGGCAGAGAAAGAGUUCAGAUGCACAUAAAGCAUUUUGUAAUGAAGGAGUAACUCUGAAGCUUGAAUAAGCCCCCAAAGAAGUGGUGGAGCAUAGAAUUUCUUGUUGCAAGCACGUUUGAUUGACUAAGUGGACAAUAUUUUCAUGUUCUGCUGUGGAAGUUAGGUCAUGUUGGUAUUUGUAUCAUACUUACACAAUGAAGGACAGGGGAGAAAUAUUCUGAAUGCAGUCUUACUGAUGGGGAACAAAUUGUGUGUUACAUCCAUUAGCUAUAUUUUGGUAUUUGGUGGAAGGCUGGCUUCUUUAGUAGUCUUCAAUGGAGCCAUCUGCUUUUUAAAAACCCAUGGUUUAGAACAGGGGUCAGCAACCUUUUUCAGCCGUGGGCCAGUCCACCAUCCCUCAGACCAUGUGGUGGGCUGGACUAUUUUUUUUUUUUGGGGGGGGGGGGAAAUGAACGAAUUCCUAUGCCCCAAAAAUAACCCAGAGAUGCAUUUUAAAUAAAAGCACACAUUCUACUCAUGUAAAAACACGCUGAUUCCUGGACCGUCCGUGGGCCGGAUUUAGAAGGCGAUUGGGCUGCUUCCAGCCCCCGGGCCUUAGGUUGCCUCCCCCUGGUUUAGAAGCACAAGUAUGUCAUUGAAUCAGUAAAAGAAAUGUCAGUAUAAAAUGUGGGGGCAUUAUUAACUGUAUUUCUGAUGGUGUGAUGAGACAUUUUGGUACCACAACUGUUGUUUAGCAUCAUUUUUAGAUAGCUAAGUUUACUCUCACUGUCUCUAAGAUACUGCCAUCUUGAUGAUUCUUCAGAGACUGGUCAUCUGAUGCAAUGCUGCAGCUUUCCAGAUAAUAUCUUUUUCUGCAUUCCACUCAUCAUGAGGAUUGUAAAGUUCCCACUUAAUUGCUCUGAACAGGAAUACAACUUCCUAUUGUUUCAAUCCAAUCCAAUUAUUUGUCUUAGUCCAUGAAACUGUUCCAUUUUAGCUGAGACUUAUCUCCAGCUAAGGCAUGAGGGCUAUUCCACUAUUGCAUAAGUGCUGUUUGUAGUAACAUUUGAAAACACUGAAUUAUCAGUCGUGUUAUCCAGGAUUUGAGGACUAUGCGCCCGACACCAAUGCACUUUAAAAACAAACAAACACCGUGCUUGUUCCUUAAGCUGUAACUUAUUUAUUUUUAUGUUGACAGCAACUCUUUAAAUGGGACAUCUUCAUUUUGUUCCGGUGAUUAAACCAAACCUUGUUUUCUCA